GACGGGGACUUUUUUAUUACUCCUCCGAGGUUUCUGGGUCUUCUUCUUACAGCCGGGGGAGAAAAAACGAUUCAACUCAUUGACUGCAGAAUCGACGGUUAAAUGGUUAAAGACCAAUACCCAUGUUCCACAUUUAUUGCUGUCGUUGCAUGUGAGAGAGAGAGAGAGAGAUCCCGUGGAGAUUAUUAGAUUAGAUUAGAUUAGAUUAGAUUAGAUUAGAUUAGAUUAGAUAUAUAGGGAACGGACGGACGAUCGUUUCUGGGGACAAAGCCAGCUCUCACUGACUGAUCAGCUGGGGCAGGAGAUCUCUGGAGGAGUUGAAUAGUAGCUGCCAAGCCGUCGCCGCCGCCGCCGCCGCCGCCGUCGGUCGAGGGUUACCCUUUUCCUCUCUUCGCGAAAAGGUGGGAACUUUGCCGCCGGCGCCUCGAAUCUCUAGCACGUGCUUGAUUCCAUUUGCAGAUUUCACCAGGAUUGGACUUUGGUGGACUGCAGUGCUGCAGAAGACAUUGGUCCCAUCUAGAGGAUAUACUUCUUUGUUUAGAGAGAAGUGUCAAUGGUGAUUGGCUGGACACUGUUAUGAGUAGAAGUAAUUGUUGCCUUGCCUGGGCUGAAACUCCCACAGCAUUAGGCCUUUCUUCUGGGGUUGGUUGCUUUAUUACACUUUCUUAAAUUGCUUGAAAAUGUGCAGUCUCUUCCUUUUCUCAAAGUAAGAGAAAUCCUAAGCACUCUUUACACUUUGUAUAUAAUUCCUGAGACAAGCCAGUGAUUUUAGGAUUGGAUGGUUGUGCAUACCAUACGAAUUGCUCGGUCUGUAAUCGUUUUAAUGGAGUCACCGGAAGCUUUUGUCUCUCUAUGCUGAACAAAGGAGCCAUGCUUUGGAAUUGGAAGAAACCCCACAAUUUGGCGCUUUGCUAUUGAGUCUACGUAUUGUGCGUCUUUUUCAAAAAGUAGGUUUAUGGUCCAAAAGAAACCAUGGAGCAUACACCAGAUAAAAAGUUCCCCCUCAAUGCAAAGGACUAUAAGCUCUAUGAGGAAGUUGGUGAAGGUGUCAGUGCCACUGUUUACAGAGCUCUCUGCAUUCCACUUAAUGAGAUAGUUGCUAUCAAGGUGCUUGAUCUUGAGAGGUGUUAUAAUAAUCUGGAUGGUAUCCGGCGAGAGGUACAGACAAUGAGUUUGAUUGAUCAUCCAAAUCUAUUGCAUGCACAUUGCUCCUUUACUGCUGGCCACAGCCUUUGGGUUGUCAUGCCAUACAUGGAUGGAGGAUCCUGUCUUCACAUUAUGAAAUCUGCUUACCCAGAAGGUCUUGAAGAGGCGGCUAUUUCCACUUUGUUGCGGGAGGUUCUCAAGGCACUUGCAUAUCUCCAUGCUCAUGGACAUAUUCAUAGGGAUGUGAAGGCAGGGAAUAUAUUAAUCAAUUCCAAAGGUGUGGUCAAGUUAGCAGAUUUUGGAGUGUCAGCUUGCAUGUUCGAUACAGGAGAUAGACAACGGUCACGAAAUACCUUUGCUGGGACUCCAUGCUGGAUGGCUCCUGAGGUCAUGCAACAAUUACACGGAUAUGACUUUAAAGCAGACAUCUGGUCCUUUGGAAUAACAGCACUUGAACUUGCGCAUGGGCACGCCCCAUUUUCCAAGUAUCCGCCAAUGAAAGUUCUGCUGAUGACCUUACAAAAUGCACCUCCAGGCCUGGACUAUGAGAGAGAUAAGAGAUUUUCAAAGUCUUUCAAAGAGAUGGUAGCCGCUUGCUUAGUGAAGGACCCCAAGAAACGUCCUACUUCAGAGAAGCUUCUGAAGCACAGUUUUUUUAAACAUGCCCGCUCUGCCGACUAUCUAGCUCGAACCCUGGUCCAGGGCCUUGCUCCACUGGGUGAGCGCUUUAAAAAGCUGAAGGCACAAGAAGCUGCUCUUCUUGUUCAGAAUAAAGCUCUCUAUGAAGACAAGGAGCAAUUAUCUCAGCAAGAAUACAUAAGAGGAAUUAGUGCAUGGAAUUUCAACCUUGAAGAUCUGAAAUGUCAGGCUGCCCUUAUUCAGGAAAAUGAUGAUGUCCCAAAUAUUGAAGACUCUCAUGCAUCCAUAAAGCAGAAGGAGAGACAUGAUGGUUCUGGGAGAUUCACUGAGAGAAUGUCACCUGAGAUGGUCAACCAUUCAAACACUGCAUCUGGUCGGGAGGACGCUUUAAAUGAUCUUCAUGAUUUGAAGAGCUCACUUGCUUCAUUUCCUAUGAAACCACUUCAAGCACUCAAAGAGUGUUUUGAUGUUGGUGAGGACGAUGUAAAUACAAGUCCUAGCUGGGAUGAUGCUCGAUUAGAUUCUGAUGAACAGCUUCCCACGAAAUCCUCACCGAGAGCUGUCCAUCAGGAUACCGGUAAAAAUGAUGUCAACAACGAUGAUGAUUUUGCACGGAGUAGCUCUUUACUGCGUCAGGAGAUUCCAAAUCAUAAGAAAUUCUUAAGUGGUCCAUUAAUACAGGAUACUGUUGCCUCUGCUAAGAAGAUGAUGGACAAUGGGGACAGGGACCAUUUGCAACCAAAAUAUCAAUCUGAGCGAAACUAUAGUGGGCCUCUGUUGUAUCGUCAAAGGAAAGAAACUAAUUCUUUGUCACCUGCAGAGGAUAUGUCAGAAGGAGCAGUUAUCCAAUGUAGGGGCCGUUUUAAGGUCACUUCAGCAGAUGUUAGUCCUAAGGGUAUGAUGAACUGCUCCUCUGGCCUAGCAUGUGGUGGUUCAUCCAGUCCAAUGACCCCAAACUUGGCAGCCGCCCUUCUCCCUUCAUUGCAGUGCAUUUUGCAGCAGAACGUCAUGCAGAGGGAAGAAAUCACUAAGCUUAUCAAAUAUGCGGAGCAAAUUUCUGGUAAUCAAGGGGACUUGGCUGAGGUGGGCACCAGCAAUUCUCUGCAGGUACAGGUAUCUUGUUCUUCUAUGAGAGAAACAGAAUUGCAAUCCCAGUUUGCCCAUCUGCAGCAAUGUGUCACAAGCCUUGUUGAGGAGUUGCAGAACCUGAAACUGAAAAAUGCCCAGUUGGAGAAGCAGCUGAAUGCUUUGACAAACCGAGACAAGAGGAUAAGAGGGAUGACCAAAGCAUGAUGCUGUUCGCAUCUUCAACUUAUUCUUUAACGGCAACAGUUUUGGGUGAUCAGCAAGUGACCGGCGCCUCAUUCCCCGAUUGUACAUGUACUUUUCCCACCCACCAAAGUUUUGAGACGUCUUUCCUCGAGUUGCCGCUUUUACAUGUAAAUUUAUUAAAAGAUACAGCAGAUACACCCCCGUCUCCGUAAUUAAGUUUGUUCUUGCUCCCUACUCACAAUACGGAAUUCCCGCUUGUAGACAGUUGCCAGUCGGUCCAUGAUGCAAUUGAAUUAAUUCCCUUGUAAUUUGUUUCCACAUCACCCUUUUAUGUUUUAUCUCUGACUUCUGUCAAGAAGAGCUCUCUUUUUAUUGCAAAUCAGACCUUCUGAGUAAUAGACAUUCUAAGAAUGGGAUCUGCUGCCCUUAUAUUUGAAAGGUA